UUUACUUAUUAUCAAUAAUUAAUUAAGAAUAUAAAUCAUGUUUUUGAUUUUCUGCUUAUUGUCAUUAUUUGCUGCCAAUUCCAUGGCACAAUUGUCUGUUUUACAACGACCACAUUUCAAACCAAUGGACUACUUGAAUUUAACAAGGUUCGCCGGAUAUUGGUAUGAAUAUGAAAGAAUUCCAAAUAUUUUCGAACUUGCUGUAAGAUGUUCACGUGCCAAAGUUAUGGUAGACGAAAAUCAAUCAACAGUUAGCUUAUUAUUCAGUGAAACAGGUUCUUUUUCAGGAAAAGAUUACAAAGUAUUGACAACAGGCACACAAAAAAGAGCUGCAGUGUUUGAGUUUAAAUUUCCUUUAUAUUUAAUUAAUAUUAAUCUCGCUACAAUAUACGUUUUAGACACCGAUUAUGAAAACUUUGUCGUAUUAGCCGGGGGCUUUCCUUUUGGUGACCAUGGCUUUCUUCAGAUGGCUUGGAUUAAUUCACGAACACCAGAACUUUCACAUGAACAUCAUGCACGUGCAUUAGAAGCUUUACGUAAUAGUGGUGUUGCAACAGAUGCAUUAGUACGAGUACGUCAAAAUUGUUAAAAUACGAACAGCUUAAUAAUUUA